GGCUCUUUCCGGAUAAGAUUCCGGAUAAGAGCCUGCGUUAGCAGUGAAUGUGAAAGUACAACAGUUCAGCUUGUUGUGUGCGAGUUCUUCUAAAGCAGCAGAUAAAGAAUCUGAACCUAAAGAAAGAUAAAGAUGGCAACUGGGAAAGGUCCUUUCUCAUUGUUGAGGCCUGGGAAGUCUGGGACUUCUGGGAAGUCUAAAGAAUCAGGGGGUGCAUCUGCAUUAAGAACUGAAAAGUCAAAUUUAAAGUUUAAGCUGAUUUUAUCUGGAAAAACACUGAAUUCCCACAAGGACUUCAUAACUCGUCUUAACCAACGAGUUCACCUGAAGGAGGUGAAUACAGAGGAUGAGUGUGAUUUCAUUCUGGUUUUCUGUCCGAUUGUGUCACGAGCUGGAACUGACAUUGAAGCAGCAAUGAAAAGUGUACACCAUAUUUCAGACACCAAACCUGUAGUCCUGGUGGUGCUCCAUCACACAUUUAAUACAGAAUGUGUUGUUCCAGACAGCAUCAAAUGUGUAAACAGAAAGAAUAUGAUCGCAGUCGACUGUCUGUUCCAUGAAGAUACAGGAUUACUGCAGUGUCUGAAGAAUAAUGACUCACUGGACAAAACUUCACAAUAUCUGAAGGAAUAUAUAAACUGUAAAAACAUGAAAAGGCAAAAGGAAGGUGAAAGGUCAGAGGAAAGCGAAAAUUCUCAUCCUGAGAGAAAUGAAAUGAAACUGAACCCAGAACACAUCGACACUGACAAUGUGGAGGACAUGGAGCAAAGAAAUGAGACAAAUAAAGAACCUCUGACAGAAAAUACACAAACACUUCAGAAGAAGGACAAGACACUGGAAGAGAAGGAGAAACUCAGUGAAGUAAGAGAAGAAUUGAGAAAAUCAAAUAUGACAUUAGAUAGUAAUCAGACACAAUUGAAGGACAAAAAGAAACAACUGGGGAGUGCGGUGAAAGAGCUGGAAACCAGUACAAAUAAACCGGACACACUGGGACAGGAGCUGCAGGACAAGCAGAGACAACUACAGGACACGACUGAGGUGGAGCAACAGAAAUCUGAGUUAGCAGAAAAAAACCAACAGCUCGAAGAAAAAGACAGACUUCCAACUGAGAGAGAGACACAGCUAAGGGGAAGAGACAAAGAGUUUCAGGAGAAAGACAGACUUCCAGCUGAAACUAGACAAAAACUAAAGAUGAAGGAUGAGACCCGGGAACAGAAGGACACACAUUUUUGUCAGAAAAAGAAAACAGUUAAAUGCUAUGAAGUCAUUCCUCCAAAGGUACAAGCACCUUGUGAACAGUUCACAAAAAAACUUAAGAAAAUAAGAAAAUCUAUGAAGAUGACUCCAAUGGAGGAGUGUAAAGCAGUUCUAUAUUAUGUCCCCAUUGUUUCACGAGCUGGAACUGAUAUCGAGGCUGCACUGCAAAAACUUAACAGCUUUGGAGACAAAUACAUCGCACUAGUGGUGCUCCAUCACACAUUUGAUCGAGAGCUCAUUACACCAGACAGCAGCAGAACUGUGACCAGAGACAAAACUAUCAUUGUUGACUGUCUGUUCAGUGAGGACGACGGACUGUUCUCGUGCUGCAAGAAUGACGAAGCGAUAAAAAAGGUUGCAGAUUGGAUUAAGUCUGUGAAACAUGACAAACAGAACCCUAAGAAAAAAAAAAAAAAGUGAAGCCAGUGAGGAAAACAAAGCAAUAACAACCGGACAGAAGAAAAAUGAGCUAAAGGAAGGGUGGCUCUUACAACAGAAUAGUACAUACUGAAUUACUUAAAUGUCUGGGCUUUAUGUGUGCUUAUACUUUUCCUAAAACUGGCUGUUCAAAAGAUUUAUUUGGCUUUUCAAAUAUUUUUUUUUUUAAUUAAUAUACAAAUGUUUAUGCUACACCAGAAAAAACAGUACUAAUAAGUACUAAUACAUGUGAAUUAAAUGCUAAUAGAAUAAACUGUGUUUCAUUUCUGAUUAACAAAAUGAAUAAAAACUGAAAUGAACAUCA